AUGGCAACCCGCGGUCAGCCCAGGCAGCUUUACCCCGCGGGAAGCGCGGGAGCCGAGGCGCUGGCUACAGGCGGGGCUGCGAGCGCCGAGGGGCCCGGGCGGUCAGGGCCGCUGCAGGACGAGACCCUGGGCGUGGCGUCUGUGCCCUCGCAGUGGAGGGGCGUCCAGGGCAUCCGCCGGGAGACGAAAAGUUGUCAGACGGCGAGCAUUGCCACCGCGGAGGCGGCUGCCCAGACCUGGAAGCAUGUGGAUGCCGAGGUGCAGACGGAGGCUCCUGUGCCGGUCGGUGUGCUGCCCGCAUCCCAGUACGACGGCCCCCGGCUUGCAGCCUUUCUUCGGAGGGUGGAGGCCAUGGUUAUUCGAGAGCUGAACAAGAACUGGCAGAGCCACGCUUUUGACGGCUUCGAGGUGAAUUGGACUGAGCAGCAGCCGACGGUGACCUGUCUGCACACCCUGGGCUACCCUCCAGCCCAAGGGCAAGGUCUGCAUGUGACCAGUGUCUCUUGGAACACCACGGGGUCUGUGGUGGCCUGUGCCUAUGGCCGGUUGGAUGAUGGGGACUGGAGCACCCUGAAGUCCUUCGUGUGUGCCUGGAACCUGGACAGGCGAGGCCUGAACCCCCAGCAGCCAUCGGCAGUGGUGGAGGUGCCCAGCGCCGUCAUGUGCCUGGCCUUCCACCCCACGCAGCCGUCCCAUGUUGCAGGUGGGCUGUACAGUGGCGAGGUGCUGGUGUGGGACAUGAGCCAUCCUGAGGACCCGCUGCUCUGGCGAACGGGCCUGACAGACGACACACACACGGACCCCGUGUACCAGGUGGUUUGGCUUCCGGAGCCCCGGCACAGCCACCGCUUCCAGGUGUUGAGCGCGGCCACGGACGGGAAGGUGCUGCUCUGGCAGGGGGUCGGGGCCGGCCAGCUGCAGCUCACGGACGGCUUUGCACUGGUGGUGCAGCAGCUCCCGAGGAACACCAAGCUGAGGAAGCCUCCCCGGGGAGAGACCGAGGUGGGCGCCACAGCGGUGGCCUUCUCCAGCUUUGACCCCAGCCUUUUCGUUCUGGGCACGGAAGGCGGCUUCCCACUCAAGUGCUCCCUGGUGGCGGAAGAGGCCGCCCUCACGCAGAGGCCUAGCUCCGUGCCCCUGCGGGCGCCGGCACAACUGAUCUUCUCUCCCCACGGGGGUCCCAUCUACUCUGUGAGCUGUUCCCCCUUCCACAGGAACCUUUUCCUGAGCGCAGGGACGGACGGCCACAUCCACCUGUACUCCAUGUUGCAGGCCCAGCCCCUGGCAUCCCUGCAGCUGUCCCACAAAUACCUGUUUGCUGUGCGCUGGUCCCCAGUGCGCCCUUUGGUGUUUGCAGCUGCUUCUGGGGAAGGUGAUGUGCAGCUGUUUGAUCUCCAAAAAAGCUCCCAGAAACCCACAGUUUCAAUCAAGCAAACCCAGGAUGAAAGCCCUGUCUACUGUCUGGAAUUUAAUCACCAGCAGACUCAGCUUCUGGCUGCUGGCGACGCCAAGGGCACAGUAAAGGUAUGGCAGCUGAGCACCGAGUUCACAGAACAAGGACCCCGGGAGACCGAGGACUUGGAGCAGCUGGCAGCUGAGGUGGCCACCUAAGUGACAGCAGGGCUCCGUGGGUGGGGGUGUGGAAUGCCCCCAAAUAUGGGGGCAGGUGGGGUGAGGCCACACCUGUGCUGAGCUGUGGAUUUCUCGUAGAAGCUCAAUGAAGACAACAUGAACAUA